UAUAUAUAUAUAUUUAUUUAUUUAUUUAUCUAUACUAUUAUUUGCGAAGUAAAUUUUCAGAAUUGAGCUCUCACGUUAAAAGUUAGAGUGAUUAAUAUCGUUUAUACCCUUAAUGAAUAAAAUGUAUAAAAAAACAAAAAAAAAUGAAAUUUUAAAAUAGAUAAAUUAUAUAACUAAAUAUUAAUCAAAUAAAAUUAUUAAUCAUUUAAUUAAAAAUAGAAAUGAAAUGUGUAUGAUCAGCAAGCUUCCUAAAACUCGACACUUGGAUACAUUAUUUAUGGUUUACGUUUGCUUUGCUUUAUCUAAAAAUUUUGACCAAAAAAAAAUUUAGCUAAAAUUAGUUAACAGAAAAUAAAAGAAAAAAAUCAUUUUUUUUGUUUUUGUACGUAGCUUUUCAUAAGGAGAAUCCAAUAAAAUAGUGAUUUUGGUUUUUGAGAAGGAAAGAGUUAAAGGAAGCAAAAACUAGAUUCCCUAAAAAAAUAAAAAAUCUAUUUUGUCAAAAUCAUGAUUGGAUAAAAAGUGGUUUUUGGAAAAUCAAAAACCAGAAACUAGUGCAGAAUUUGCAAACAAUCAACCUCUUAAACUUAUAAAUACACGGAAUCAAUCUAUUUUGUGUACAUGGAUGUAUUCGAAAACCUACAUUGAAUGAAAACUUUUCAAAAUAUAAUUAUAAAAGUUUGAAAAUACUAAUUUGUUGUUUAAUUCAUAGUAAAACGGAGAGAGUCCCUUUUCGACGAUCAAGAGUCAAGUUUGACCCCAGAUGCAUAAUAUGUACUGUUCGUACUAUAGAAAAUAUUAUUCUUAAUAACACCAUUUUGAUCAAAUUACAAGAAAAUACAUUCACAAAUAUUUGUCAACUACAUCUUGACGUUACCAAACUGGCUUAUAUAUAUUUUUAUUAUAAUAUUUUUUUAAAAAAAAUUCGAAGACGCCAACUUUUAGGCUAGUUAUAAUUUUGUAUAGCAGGUCGAAGGUAACUCUAUUAUAUAAUUUUGCGUUUCACUGUUUUAAAUGCAAAUGUUGUAAACACAUAUAGAAAACCCAUGCUGACCGAUGUUGUUUUGCCUAAUUGAUAUGUACUAUAUAUAUGAGGAAUCGCCAAUCGAUUAAGUUGUUUUACAACCACAAACAAACAAAAGAGAAUUAAACAAACAAACAAAAAAGUAAACGAAAAAAGACAGUAAAAAAUCGGAAUGAUUUGCUUCGAUCGAGCAAAGUAGUCGACACUGUAUAAGCAGUGAGGACAAUGGACGGUGACACAAAAGCUGAGUCACCAAAGGCUUCGCGUUGCAAGCAAAUGGUUGGUCUUUUAAAAGUGAGCUUAUAUGUAAGAGUUGAAUAACAAUUAAAUUCGCAAUUAUUUAAGCAAUACACGUCUUUUGUCAUUGUGUGAUUUCACUUGUCUCUCUAUUCGCUGCCGUCAACCCUCUCAUUACAAAAGGCAAUCAAGCACAAAAAAUUCGAACAACUCAGUGACCUCUCACAGUGACAGAGAGACCAAUCCCCGACCCCGACCCAUUAACAAGUUUUCUGAUCCAAGAAGAUAAUAUAUUUUAUUGUACAAACACACAUGGAAUGGAAAACGAAGAGAAGUCGACUAUUGUGUUAUUAUUAAAGAAAAUUUCACCAACCCUUAAUUAAAUCUCUUUCUCCUAAACUAAAAACGUAAAACAAUGUUUGUUUGGAAUUGGCAAACCGCGAAAGAGAGAGUAACCACCAUUAUAUCAGCCUAGCUAGGAUCGGCUUGUUAACUUAUGAUGUGAUACUAAAUUUGAUAAUUAAUUAUACUUGAAAACUAGCUUAGUAUUGAGAUUUAGAACGCGAAUAUUCUUGACUUGUAACAAUUUCUGGUUUGGUUUUGAUAUUAAAAGUUAUCACGUCGACUUGGGGUAUGAUUCAUGAUGUAAGCUCCCCCUCUUGCCCUAAAAAAUGUUUAAUUUAUAAUUAGUAAUAGUCAACGCUUGCAUUGCAUGAUUCUUGAUUGACAGACGACACACAUGUAUUUAUAAAGAAGGGUAAUACGCAGAGCUAACUAGAGAGGGUGGUUGAGAGAGGCUUAUAUGGCUCAGACUCUUUUUACUGCCUCUAUAACCAAUAUAAUAAUAAUUUUAUCAAACAGAAAUAAGUAAUACUAAAAGGUAACAUAAAUCAAAUAUGUAAUGAGAUUUAAAAAAAAAAUAAAAAAGAAAGAAAGAUGCGAGAAAGAAAAUUUGAUUGGUUGUGGCUUUUCUCACAAGCAAAAGGCUGAGCAAGUCGAACGACUUAUUCGCCUAUGCCCCCGCCUCUAUCAUUCAGUUUCAGCUCAAUUAGUAAAUAUAUUAUUAUCUUAUUUUGUAGUUACAAUUCUAUUUUUUAAUUAUACGAAAUAAUAUAUUCAGAUCUCUCUCUCUUUUUUUUUUCUUUCUUAAUUUUCGGUCCCCAGGAGCGGCAAUAAAUACGCUAGUAUUAUUCCAUCCAUUGGUCAGACAUAACUUAAGUUUCCGGUGAACCUUAAACCUCAAAAACCCUUUCUCUCAUUUCGUGAUGGCUGAAACGCCGGCAUCUCCUAUCAACGGAUCUGUUUCUGCUCCGGUUCUCCUGUCGGAUUCGGCGGCCAAAGACGUGAUGAUCACUUGGUUUCGCGGCGAGUUUGCGGCGGCUAACGCCAUAAUCGACGAGCUAUGCGGGCACUUAAUGCAGGUGAGCGAGUCAGCGGGGGAGGAAUACGAGGGCGUGAUGGCGGCGAUUCAUAGGCGGAGGAUGAACUGGAUCCCAUUGCUCCAGAUGCAGAAAUACCAUCCUAUCUCCCAAGUUACGCUCCAGCUGCAAACCGCGACGGCGGCCAAGAUCAACAACAACAAACUCAUCAUGAUCGAUCCUGUAGAUUCAAUCCUCGACGAUGAUUCUCCCACUAGCGAUAUCACUGAUUCCGGAUCUCGAGAAGAAGAGCGUGUAGAGGAGGACGCCAUGACAAUAUGUUGCAAGCACGAAGAAGAAGAAUGUGAAUCUCGAGCUUCUUCACUCAUCAAGCAGUCCAAGCGUUUCUCGGCCAAGGAACAUGUUCGAGGACAUACGACAAAUGUCGUCAAAGGCCUAAAACUGUACGAACAUGUGUUCACUGAAACUCAACUCUCCAAGCUUUCGGAUUAUGUGAAUGGACUCCGAGAGGCUGGUCGGAAUCAGGAACUUCCAGGGGAGACGUUUGUUCUGUUCAACAAGAACACGAAAGGGACCAAAAGAGAGCUUAUUCAGCUUGGAAUUCCAAUUUUUGGGAACACCACAGAUGAACACUCAGUGGCACCUAUCCCAACCCUUCUUGAAAGUGUGAUUGAUCAUCUUCUUCAGUGGCGUUUGAUUCCUGAAUACAAACGACCCAAUGGCUGUGUGAUCAACUUCUUUGAUGAGGAGGAACACUCCCAACCAUUCCAGAAACCACCUCACGUGGAUCAACCCAUAUCCACUCUGGUCUUGUCUGAAUCAACCAUGGUUUUUGGACACCGAUUUGGGGUCGAUAGUGAUGGCAACUUCAGGGGCUCACUCACUCUCCCACUAAAGGAAGGGUCGUUGCUGGUGAUGAGAGGCAACAGCGCUAAUAUGGCUAGGCAUGUAAUGUGUCCAUCGCUAAACAAAAGAGUUGCAAUCACUUUCUUUAAACUCAAACCAGACUCCAGUAGUAAGGCCCAAGCGCCGCUAACCAUGAACCAUGUCACCCUGUGGCGGCAAGGCAAUCCAGCUCCCCCGGUUUUAAACCCAUUCAACAUGGUCAGAGCUCCGUUGGUGAUGCUAGCUCCGGCUCCUAAGAGGCUAGACGCUGGCACUGGAGUUUUCUUGCCGUGGACACCUCCGCCAGUGUCAAGAAAACCGACAAAGCAUCUCCCACCGCGCGUCCAGAGGCUGCGUCUCCUAUCAUCAGCUGCAAAGUCGGUGGCUGAUCGUGAAGCCUCGUCAUCACCGGAGAUCGGAGUGAUCUGAGUCGAAAAGUGUCACACACGUUAUCUACAAAGUCAGCAGAGUUUUUUUCUUUCCUUGAUCGUAUACUUCAAGUUUGAUGGGUUUUUUUCUUGUCAUUCCUAACCUUUCCUUUUCUUUUCUUUUCUUUCGUUUACCUAAUUUUACUACAAUUGUUAUGCUACAUCAGCUGUUAUACAGGGAACAAGUGAACUAUUCGAAUUAAAAUAUGCUCCCACUUCCCACAAGUUUCAAAGAUCUUCAGUUUCAA